AUGAAGCUUCUGAAAAUGAUCAGGAAGCUGAUAACAUAUAACAACAAUUGUCAUGAUAAUUUCAUUAGAGCCGUAGUUUUCUCUGAUAUUCUCUGUCCACGUCUUCUUGAUUCUGACGGAGAGCUGCAGCGAUCUCUUCAACGCACAACUGAGCAUGAAGACGGACUGUCUCAUCACGAUCGGUUCUCCAAAGUUGACGAACUUCCCUAUGAAUAUCAAGAAGACGUUCUCGAAGAACCUGAAUAA